CACGCUCGAAAGUAUAUGAGUUCCGUAAAGAAACCGGAUGAUUAUCGGGCUACCAAGUUGGGCCAGGCGAUGAUUCUCUUGGCUAUGCGCACUCCAGAAGAACUUCAAGCCAAAGCGGUGAGCCAUUGUUUAUGUCUUUAA